CUUUUACGUUAUACAUUUCAUUCAUUGCAGAUCCAGGUUGGUCCGAGUAAAAAACAGGUGGCCUAUUUUAUCCCUGGACACCAGGCUCCAACCAAACCCACAACGUACCACAAAAUAUUUACAGUGUUUACUGUCACCUUCCUCGCCUUGCAACUGUUCCUGCCUUAUUCUCACGGACUUACAAAGGGUUACAACAACUGGACUAAUGGACUGUAUGGUUACUCCUGGGACAUGAUGGUGCACAGCUGGAAGACGCAACAUGUUAGAAUAACGUAUGUCGACAAGGAGACGGGUGAAACAGGCUACCUUGACCCAUACGCGCUGUCCGGUUCCAAGAGAUGGAGUAGCCAUGCGGACAUGUUGAAGCAGUACGCUGAAUGUUUCUCGAACCACCUGCAUACCUACAACAUGUCCCAUGUUGAGCUUUACUUCGAUAUCUGGAAAUCCAUGAAUGACCGAUUUCAGCAACGUAUGUUUGACCCCCGAGUUGAUAUUUUGUCGGCCUCGUGGAGCCCUUUCCACAAGACUUCGUGGGUGAUGCCGCUACUCAUUGACUUGUCUGACUGGCGUGGAAAGCUGGAUGAGAUUGAGCAGAAUCUUUAUAACACGACGAAUCAUACAGAGGUUGUCUUUGUGGCGGACUUUCCAGGUCUGUAUCUCGACAACUAUGUCCAGGAGGAACUGGGCAACACGUCGAUCACCAUCCUGAAAGGUGAGGUGGUCGUGGAGCUGGUUGAACAGACGAAAAACUUCACACUGUCUGAGGGAGAGAGCAUGCAGGUCCCUGCAGGAGAGUUCCACAAUGUGCACACAGUUUCGAGUAGUCCUUCCUGUUAUAUGUAUAUAUAUGUGAACACUACCGAAGUACAGUUCAUGAAGAACUUCACAGAAUAUGAGAAGGCUGUUCAAAAAUUAGAAAAUGAGACAGAUUCUACGGCCAAUGAAACACUCAGCGAAUUUGCCAACGAUCCAAACUUACAUGAGUACAAAAAAGUCUUAGCAGCCAAGUCUGCAAGUCGUUCGAAAAAACAAGAAUCAUUUUGGCAGAAAGUGAAGGACUUUUUCACCUCCAAAUACAGCCUGCUAGUGAGAAGUAUAAGAUUUACCAAAGGAGCCUUGUACAGCAUUCUAACGAACAGUUCGUUUGAUGAUUUUCUCAACGCCACCUACAGGUGGGAAAAUGAAAACAUGCGAGUUGAAACACAGGAGAGAAUUAAGGCAGAUGCCAAGCCAGGUUCCUUGUGAUAUGGGAACAUGUUGGUGACAUUGUCCGAUCCAAAGUACAGAAAGGACCAAACAAGUCAUCAGAAAAUGCUCCCAACAGAAGAAGUCUUUGAGAUCAGAGCUCAUGCUUAUAAAACAUUUGUAUCCUGCAAUCUCUGUUUCUGUUGGCUGAUCAUGAUGACCGAUCGAAGCAAAUUCAUAAACAUAUACUAAAAGAUUAUGAUUUUUUUUAUGUUAUGUCACAUGCAUUAUCGUACAUUGUAGCUGAAAUAAACAGAAAUAAUCAGGGCACAGUAUUUCACGAGAACCGUUGUUGUGUAUCAGUUACGUGGUGAACAAUUACAUUCUAAAAUUAAAAGUACCAUAUAUCUGUAUUGGAAGUGAAAGUCAGUUUAUG